GGACUUGAGAUACAACGAUCUCUUGCUCUUAUGCAGACCUCCUUGGUUACAUGCACAUACUUGAUUGUGUGAUUUCUAAAUAUUAAACACUUAAGAGGCAGUUGUGGUGGAUGAAGGUGCGUCAAACCUGGAGCGAGGGGAAUAAUUUGUAAGGCAGCCUGGCAGGCAGUAUAAAGGGCAGCGGUUAACCCGCACAUAUCCCUCUGCGAAAGAAAGUACAUAUUCCAGCGGCUCAGUUUUCGUUCCGUGUCUAUAGCAACCGCGAAGUGAAGAGAGGGACUGCGCCCAGUCUGUGCUGGGAAUCGCAUCUCAUCAACAUCUCUGACAAAGUGAAAGUCAGCUCAUUGGUUGAAAAACAUGGCUGGUAGUAGCAGUAAUAAUGCUGUGCAGGAAGAGCUGGCCUCAGUGGAGGCUGAGCUGGAGUUGGUGGAGCUGCGGAUCACGGAGCUCCUGCAGAAGCAGACUGACCUGACUUCUCGCAAGAAUGCAUUACUGCAGCAGUCAUCUUCAACUUCCUCAAAGUCAUCUAAAGCUCAGUCUGUAAUGAGCAAAGAGGAACUGCAGCGCUACGAUGGCUCAGAUUUCCCAUGGUCCAAGGCAGUGGAGCAGGAGCUAAAGAAAUCAUUCCAUCUCUCCAAGUUCAGACCACUGCAGCUCCGGGCCAUCAAUCUGACCAUGUCGGGCAAAGAUCUCUUCCUGGUUAUGCCGACAGGAAGAGGAAAAAGCCUCUGCUACCAGCUGCCUGCAGUCUGCUCCGAGGGUUUUACACUGGUUGUCACUCCCUUGGUGUCCCUAAUGGAGGACCAGAUCAUGUACCUGAAGUCAGUCGAUGUGUCAGCAGUAAUGCUGAAUGCAUCCAGUAGCAAGGAGCAUGCUAAGACAGUCAUGGCUGGAAUGACUGACGUGAAGGCCCCUUUCAAGCUGCUGUAUGUGACUCCAGAGAAGAUCGCCAAGAGCAAGCUGCUCAUGUCUCGUUUGGAGAAAGCCUACAAUGCAAACCUGCUGAGUCGUAUCACUGUGGACGAGGUGCACUGCUGCAGCCAGUGGGGACAUGACUUCAGACCAGAUUAUAAGCUGCUGGGCAUCCUGAAGAGGCAGUUCCCCAAAGUGCCGCUGAUCGGCCUCACCGCCACGGCAACCAGCAGCGUCCUCAAGGACUGCGAGAAGAUCCUGUGUGUGCCACAGCCAGUCACUCUCACAGCUUCCUUCAACCGAACCAAUCUCUUCUAUGAGGUUCGUAUUAAAGUGCCUGAUAAUGAGGCAGCCAUAAGUGACAUUGCCUCUCUGAUCAAGGACAGAUACAAGGACCAGUCAGGGAUUGUGUAUGUGUUCUCUCAGAAGGAUGCAGAAUCUGUGUCCUCUGAACUCCAGAAGCAGGACAUUGUGGCCUAUCCCUACCACGCCAACAUGAGCCCUGAGGACAAGUCCAAGGUUCACCGCAAGUGGACCUCCAACAAAAUCAGGGUGAUCGUAGCCACUGUGGCUUUUGGCAUGGGCAUUGACAAGCCCGACGUCAGGUUUGUCAUCCACCACACCAUCAGUAAGUCCGUCGAGAACUACUACCAGGAGAGUGGACGUGCAGGUCGAGACGGCCAGCCAGCAGACUGCAUCGUCUACUUUGGUUUCGCUGAUAUCUUCAGGAUCAGCACCAUGGUGGUGAUGGAGAACGUUGGUCAACAGAAGCUGCUGAAGAUGGUCAACUACUGCCAGAAUAUUGACCAGUGUCGGCGCUCCCUCAUGGCUGUUCAUUUUGAUGAGGUGUGGGACGACGAAGGCUGCAAACAGAUGUGUGAUACUUGCCGCAACGCAAAAGACUUCACGACUGUGGACAUUACCCAGCAUGCCCGGCAGGUGGUGCAGAUAUUGGAACUGGCAGUGUCUAUGGAUGAGAAGCUGACUCCUCUGAAGCUGGUGGAGGCCUGGAUGGGGAAAGGCAACGCUAAGCGCAGGAAGAUGAUUCAGACCACUACACUGUCUCGGCUGCAGGUUGAAGGUGUUCUUGUGCAACUGCUGGUGCAGGGAUACCUCAGAGAGGACUUCAGCUUCACACCAUACACCACCUACUUCUACAUGAAGCUGGGUCCCAAAGCUGCUCUGUUGACGAACCAGACUCAUACACUCAGCAUGAAGAUGAGGCCAAUAGAGUCUGUAUUUGCUGUGGACACUUCAGCUGUUAAAGUUAACGAAGAGGAGGUUGAUUUGACCUUUGACCUCAUUGAAUUGGACAGCAGCUGCUCCCCCCAACCCAAACAGAAAGUGUUUAAAGAUCAGAGGAACGUCUCCAGGAAACAGGACCAGAAGCCAAUCAGCCAGACAGACAAAGUGAAGCAACAGUUGGCAGGUGGACAUGGAGAGGAAGAGGACAACCCAGGGUCCAUCAUGUCCCAACAUGUCAUUGAGGUUGAAAUCAACAUAAUAGAUAAUGCAGUUGUCAGUGAGAGUCAGAAAACACCAUCACGUCCAGUCAAACCAUGUUCCAAACGGAAAUCCACCACUCCUCAGAGAGCGAGGAGGAAACCUUGUGCCGAUGUCAGCACUGCGCCCAGCUCUCCAUCCCGGACCUCAGUCAUCUCCGAGACUGCGGCUGAGGAGCUCUUUGAGCUGAGGAACUAUUACAGCAAGCAGCUGAGGAGGAUAAACUACAUUUCCCAUGAGCACCUGGGGCAGCCCAACGAGCCCGGGGUGCUGGCGUGCAUCAGGGAGCCUCUGAGGAGCCUGCGUCUGCCCCGCAGGGUGACCAUCGCUGAGACGGCCCGCAGCCUGUGGACACGAGUCAGCAGCCGCCGCAAACUUCUGCACCGCUGACAUCAGAGAACGGUGGUGUUUUUUUCAUAAAGGUUUACAGUUAUUGUUACACUGUAAUUAUGGUGCUUUGUUUAACUGCUGUCAGAGGUGCAGAAGCCACUGUGUGUGGGAGUUAAACAUGUCUGCUGGUCAAAUGAAAGAUCAGAAACAUGCUGCCAAGCACUUCAUCCAUCCAAUAAUCUGACCUGGGAACACUGACACAUGGAGGGAAAAUUGUAUUUGAUUACAAACAAAAAUGAAGUUAUAAUUUUAUAAGUAAAAUGUUUUUCAUGGGCUCAUGAAAAUGUGACAAAUCUCAUAACUGUAUUGCUUUGUUGCGAAUGUUCUGAAUCUGGAUUUUUCAGCUGGAUCUAUUUUCUGUUAUCUUUGUAUUGAUGCUGAAAAUCUACUGACAAGCUAAUAAACUGAAUUCUAAAAAGUG